AUGUUUGGAUGUCCUGCUAGGGCAUUAGACGUGAAAUCCUAUCAUAGUAGCUUCUUUCUUUACAGCGUUUGCGUGCGUGAGGGUCAAAAUCACUUUUGCUGUGGACUACUUUUUCAGGUCUGUCAACCAUUAUUGAAGAACCUUUUCUCGCAAAAGAAGGAGGCAGAAGAAAGAUGGAAAGGGCGAGAAGGAGAUUCAAGAAAGGUGUUGUGGCUGGACCAACAACUCAAGGCAUCUGCAUCUGAAAAACCUACCAUUCAGAUUCACUCUUCAUUUCACCCCUCAAGCUCUUCUCUCUGUCAGAUUCAGAAAAAAGAAAAAGAAAUAAUGAGUUGGUGGUGGGCUGGAGCAAUCGGAGCCGCCAAGAAGAAAUUCGACGAAGACGAACCUCCGCGAAGCUUCCCGAGUGUGGGUCUGGUGAUCGGCGUGACGGGAAUCGUCGGAAACAGCCUCGCAGAAAUCCUGCCUCUCCCCGAUACCCCCGGCGGUCCAUGGAAAGUCUACGGCGUGGCACGGCGACCGCGGCCACCGUGGAACGCAGAUCACCCUAUCGAGUACAUCCAAUGCGACGUCUCCGAUCCCGACGACGCCGAAACCAAGCUCUCUGUGUUGACGGACGUCACUCACGUUUUCUUCGUGUCGUGGACUAACCGCCCCACCGAAGCCGAGAACUGCGAAGUUAACGGCGCGAUGUUACGGAACGUGCUGCGCGCCGUUAUCCCCAAUGCUCCUAAUCUGCGCCACGUGUCCCUCCAGACAGGCUGCAAGCACUACCUCGGAUCGUUCGAAUCCAUCGGCAAGAUCAAAUCCCACGAGCCUCCCUUCACGGAGGAUCUGCCGCGUUUGGAGGCGCCGAAUUUUUACUACACUCAAGAGGACAUUCUCUUUGAAGAAACAGCAAAAAAAGAGGGUUUGACUUGGUCCGUACACAGACCCCAAGUAAUCUUCGGCUUUUCUCCCUACAGUGUGAUGAACAUCAUUGGGACUCUUGGCGUUUACGCCGCAAUUUGCAAGCACGAGGGGGUUCCGUUGAGAUUCCCCGGCACCAAAGGCGCGUGGGAGAGUUAUUCGUGUGCUUCCGAUGCGGAUUUGAUUGCGGAGCAGCAUAUUUGGGCCGCGGUUGACCCCUACGCGCGGAAUGAAGCUUUUAACUGCUCCAAUGGUGAUGUGUUCAGGUGGAAGCAUCUUUGGAAGGUGUUGGCGGAACAGUUUGAGAUUGAGGAGUAUGGUUUUGAAGAAGGUUCGCCUUUGAGGUUGUCGGAAUUGAUGAAGGAUAAGGAUCCUAUCUGGGAUGAGAUUGUGAGUGAGAAUCAGCUUCUGCCUACCAAGCUUGAUGAGGUUGGUGAUUGGUGGUUUGUGGAUAUUAUGUUCUCUGGGGAGGGAGUGUUGGAUAGCAUGAACAAGGCCAAAGAACAUGGGUUUUUGGGAUUCAGGAACUCCAAGAAUUCGUUCAUAAGUUGGAUAGAUAAGGCCAAAAGCUAUAAAAUUGUGCCUUGA